AUGUCGUCUUCGACUACAAGCGCGACACGUACAGGAGGCAGGCAGGCUUCGACGACCGACGCGCUCAUCUCUGCUGCCACCUCUGUACUCUCUUCCACUGUUGGUACCACAUCUCGGGGAAGCCACAACGCUGGGACUCAAACCACAUCAUACCAUUCAUCCAGCGCAACCGCAACAGCGUCAGGAGGGAAUGGGAACAGUAAUGCCCAAAACGCCGCCAAAAAUCUCCAGAAGUGGAUGCAAGGUAACUAUCCACUGUUCCAAUGGUGGCUUAUCGGCGCAGUGGGCGGAUUUGUCAUGUUUCUUUACAUUGCCUCACUCUUUCGCGGCUAUUUACGUCGUGGAAGAGGCUCGGAGAGACGCUCUGCUGAACUCCGAAAUGGAGAAAUCGUCACAGCAGGACGCAAUGGCAGUCGGUCGCAUCGCCAUCUUCUCUCUGCAAUCUCCACUCUGUGGAACAGAAUCUUUUAUCGAUUCACGCUUCCCACCAGCAUGGAUGGAGUGCACCGUGUGAAUCUGGCCGAAGCGAUCUUCUGUGGGGGCUAUUUGACAGCAUGUCUCAUGUUCGGAUUCAUAAACAAUCAGAGUGGUCCAAACAGCUUCGCAAACAGAUUGGGCUGGCUCGCCAUGGCGCAGACACCGUUUGUCGUUGGAUUGGCUGGAAAGAACAAUGUCAUCUCCUACCUGACAGGCAUUGGACCAGAGCGGCUUAGCAUACUUCAUCGAACUGCCGGUCGUGCGGUCCUGAUUCUAUGUCUCAGUCACGCAUUUACAUGGGUCUCCAUUGGCCCAAGCCCCGCACACACUUACACCAAACCCAUCACGAUUUGGGGCAUAGCGGCUCUGGUGGCUUUCUUCCUGAGCUUCUUGGUCUCAUUCCGGAUUGUUCGCAGGAUAUGUUACGAGUUCUUUCUCGUCAGCCAUAUUGUUUUGAUCUGUUUCUUCCUUGCUGGAUGCAUCAUGCACUACCGCGCCGGCGCGUACUGGAUCUACCCCUCCUUCGCACUUUGGGGCACGGACCGUAUCGUCCGCCUCUUCCGCAUGUUCUUGCUGAACCGUCUCUGGCUAUCCGUCCUCUCGUCCUCCUCUCGUCAUUACACUCAAGCGACCGUCCAAGUGCUUUCGGAGGAAACAGUCAAGAUCAGGAUGAGACGGAAGAUGAGCUGGCGGCCGGGACAGCAUGCGUACCUUGUCGUUCCCGGCGUAAGCUUGAUGCCUUUCGAGGCGCAUCCUUUCACGAUUGCUUGUGCGCCAGUACCCAAAUCCAAACAGCCCACGGAGAAAGAGAGCGGGGAGCAGGAACUUAGCUUUAUCGUGCGCGCCAGGGAUGGGUUCACGAAGCGCUUGAUGGCGUGCGCGACGCGAGGUGGUGGGGAGAGCAGCGUGACUGCAUUCGUGGAUGGAGGGAGCGGGAUUUCGUACACCUUUGCCCAACUGUCCCAUAUCAUCCAGUACCACCCUAUCCGGACGUCCGCAGUCAGGCGCGUCAGCUUCGUAUGGAUGGUCCGGCAAUCAGCCUGCAUGUCCUGGGUAUCCGACUCCCUCUCCGACCUACUUUCGAGCGCGCCGAAAGACCUGGACCUAGACAUCAGGAUCUUCGUCACUCAAGAGCUUACCUCGCUCGAUGGCGUGCCAACCCUAGAUGAGGAAUUGGGCGAGAAGUCCCAGAAUAAGGACAGCGCGUCCUCAUCUGUUGAGAGCAGCUCCUCGACAGAGAUUAGCGGCACGGCUUGCGUCAUCACCCGUCUUACACAGUUCGAGCAAGUAUCUGUACAAGACGGACGGCCAGAUCUGGGAGAGCUGAUCAAGGAGGAGGUGGACAGCUCUACUGGACCAAUGUCUGUUAGCGCUGAUAGUGACGGGGCAGUAUGCGGUCCGAGCUCGCUAGCAAGGAACGUCAGGAGGAUCUUGACUACCAAAGAACUGGCUAGCUGCGAUGGAGCACUCCGCGGCAGGCCGGAGGUCGAGUUGCAUGUCGAGCAGUUUGGAUGGUAG